AUGUCUGGAGAGAAUGGGGCACUGACAUAUAGGAAUCGGUACAUCGGGCAUGAGCCAGGUUUCAAAGCACCCGAUCCGGCAAAGUCAGGAGGAGCCAGGGCAAUUAUUCUAUCCCAGGGCCCGCUGGAGCAGUCGGGAGUGUUCCAGGAGCAGUCAGGAUAUACAAGCGAGCAACUGGCAUUCUCUGGCGAUCGGACUGAUGUCUGGGUUGCACAGAGCACUAGGAUUAGGCGUCGGAGUACGUUGGGCAGAGUAGUGUACACUGGAGUAGACAACCGUAUGCCAGAGCUCACCAGGAGUGCUUGCCGUAUUUCUGGAGAGGUGGUUUCCCUCCCGAGUGGCCUGAGCACCCUGAGCACCCUGAGCACCUCGGGCGUCUGGUGA